GCGUUGUUGGGAGGACGGUGUUGUCAGGACGGGCCGAGGACGAUGGCGGCGCUGGGCCGCUUCUGGCCGCGGGCUGCUGGCGGCAGAAUUUUUCUACUGCAGCAAGCUACUACCGCCUGGACUUUCCGGCACCGAACAGUUUCUGUCCUCUCAAGCUCCCAGGAGCUGCAUCUCAGAAGCCGUUUUGCCUUCAAGCCUGUGGAUGUCUGCCCUGGCCCAGUGUCUUGCUGGAACCACCAGCAGAUCCGCACAAAAGCGCGUGGAAAUGAGUAUCAGCCCAACAAUCGCAAGCGCAAACGGACCCACGGCUGGAUCAAGCGCAUCAGCACACCGGCCGGCAUCGAGGUCAUCCUCCGGCGGAUGUUGAAGGGCAGGAAGUCUCUGAGCCACUGAGGGCUCUGCCUGCGAGGUCGGUUUCAUGUCGGGCAAGCCCGAAUUGAGCCCUUAGAGCUGCUGCUGUGGCUUUGGAGUGACCCAGCCUGGGCAUCCGUGCUGAGGGAGGCUGUGCCGAGCAGCAGCAACCGACCGUCCCUCUCCUGCUGGGAGCAUGUGAGGAAUCAUGCUGGUUUGAGGGUGGCCUCCCAAAGGCUUUGUUUAACGGCUGCACUUUAAAUUGUAAAAUUAUUGCCACUUCGUAUGUGUGAUUCAGAGAUAAACUUGUGAAAAUGUGAGCUGUAAUUAAAGCCCGGUGCCUCCCC